GGAAGAUCUGUAGUUUAUUCCUCUUUACUUGACACGGAAGAAUUUAAAUUGUUUUGCUAUGUAGGACUCACAAUCUAGUGUUUAGAAAAAUAAACCUAAUGCAACGUUAAAUUCAUCAUGAUCUUGCUUUUGAUGUUUUCGCCAAUUUGAUUUUUAAAAAAAAGAAAGGGAUGUAUCAUACCAUAGGAAUCAUUGUAUUCAUUUUAAUCGUAGAUAUUCAAGGUUCGUUACAAAACACACAGUGUAAGAGAACACGUGACUGGAACGGUUACCAAUUCCAAUGCCCCAAAAAUCAUACGAUUUAUAUCAAACAUCAUAUCAUAGAGGAUGGAUUUCACAAGUUAUCAUCCACGAUCUUUGGAUGUCAAGAGACAGAUGCCCUUUAUUGUGGUGCCAAACUUCCUAUCAACCAAACGCUUGGACAAAACAAUUCAGCUUUUUCGUCAGCUGUAAGAGAUUGCAAUGGUAAAAUUCAGUGCCAUGUGAGUACUCAAUACUUUAAAGAUGUAGAGGCAGGUCUUCGCAAAUCAUGCAGUCAAUCACAUCAAUCGGAUUUAAACGAAGCCAAAUUUCGACAAAGCAUUGAUUACGAAUGUAUUCAAGAUUAUCAAGUCAUUGAUAUGUGCACAAAUAGAAAAUACAGCAGAAGUCCCCAUGUAUAUUUACGGUUAUCUGGUGACAGAGAAAACUGUUCGUGCGACGUCAUUGGUAAUAUUUCACCUGUUCAUAUUUUACAGACAAAUAUGGUUGAAAUUUCCAUCUACAAUGAAAGUAUGCCUUUUUACGAGCACAAUCACCCUAGUGUAAGUCUCUAUGGAGUGGAAGUUCAAGUGAUUACUAAGAAGUUGCUCAUUCGUACCAAGGGAAAAUCUGCAUCAAGUUAUAUACUGAUUAAAGUAUUGGCUGUGCCUACACAAUUAACCAGUGCAGUGACACAACAGAAAGGAGAACAAAGACUAACACAUAGCUCAACAAGUCAAUAUGUAAAAGUAAUGGGCUUUGACAAAUCAUUGAAUGCUUCAGCAACGGCGACACAAGCGUCUACAAAUAACGGCAACCACCAACGUUUGUUAAACGAUAAAGCCCUGUUCAGCAGCCUUUUCCUGUUUUUGGGAGGAGUCGUCUUACUGGUCAUUUUUUUCCUUCUUCUCUCUGUAAUUCAGAGAAGAAAGGACAGAGAUCUUCUCUUGGCAAUUCUUCACAAACUAGAAGAGAGUGAUCAAAGCGUUCAGGAGGAGCAACACUCCAAGACGACGGAGACAAGCCACAUUCAGAGUACAGAAAGUAAAAAGAACUACCAGGAAAUCCCAUUGCAGUUCUUGAAUUGUCCAAAGACCAAGCAUCUCAGUAACCCUGUAUACGAAAGUUCAAGUCAGGAAAAUGUUUCAUCUGAAGAGCAACAUGUCGAGCUUUCAAUGGCUGGCUCCAUGGAUGUGCAGAGUGGCCGAUUCCUUUUGGAGAGUGACAAUGGAAUCUAUGAAUUGCAAAAAAGAUUCUGAAAAAAUCUUAGUUACAUCACAUUUCUGAUUCAUUUCAUGGAAUGUUCAAAACACACAUCAGGCACAUACAAAAUUUUAUCAACUGAAAAAAAAGUGAUUGCUGCAAAAAGAACAUUCUUGCUGUUAAUAGAGCUUUGUUGCUUCUCUUUUUCGAGAUUUAA